AUGGCUCUAGUGGGUCAGCCAGCCAUGCUCUGCCACGACGACGGCGUGCCGCCCUUCAUGGACGCCGGCGGCCUCUCGUUCGGCUACGGGUACGAUCACCACUACCAACCUUUUCUCCUGGAGGAGGAAUGCUUGCUCGGCAGCCACGCAUGGGAGCUGCCAACCGGCGACCUCGGCGCCGAGCCUGGCAACGCCAGCGCGUUCGAUGGGCACGACGUCGGCUGGAAGCACCACGCAACCGGCGUCUCCUCCCCUGUUUCGAUGCUCUCGUUCGAUGACCCGUCGGCGUCGGCGGCGUCCGCAUCGCACAAGCGACCUCGUGCGCUCGCGCAGGCAAAGCAGGGAGCGGACCAAGAGAGCACUACCGAUCCCAAGAGGCAGUGCGGCGGCGACAGGAAAGCGGCGAUCAAGCCCAGAAAAACGUCCGCGAGCACCAGUCCUCCACCCAAAGAGCCACAGAGCGAUGCUGCCAAGAACCGUCGCGAGCGGAUCGGCGAGCGGCUGAGAGCGCUGCAGGAGCUGGUGCCCAACGGCAGCAAGGUGGACAUGGUCACCAUGCUCGACAAGGCCAUCACCUACGUCAAGUUCAUGCAGCUCCAGCUCACGGUGCUCGAGACGGACGCUUUCUGGCCUGCGCAGGGCGGGGAGGCGCCGGAGAUCUCCCAGGUGAAGGCCGCGCUCGACGCCAUUAUGCUCUCGUCGUCACAGCAGAAUCAUCAAUGGAUCUAG